CAGACGGACCCGGACGGACUGGACAUCUAGUCCCGUCUAGUCCCGUCCGGUGCUGCAUGGUCCCAUCUUCUAUCUGGUCUCAUAAUCUGGUUCCAUCCAGUCCCGUCCAGACUUAUCCAGUUCGGUUUUGUACGGUCCCAUACCACGUCUGGGUUCAUAACGCUCCACCAAGCGCCGUCCGUUGCCGUCUGGUCCCAUUCCACUUCGUCUGAUUUACGUCGGCCGCGUCCGAUUGCGUCCGACAUCGUCUGAUCCCGUCCGGUUUGACUCUGUCCCUUCCGGAGCUCUUUUGAUCCCAUCCGGCCCGUCCGGUCCGUCUGGUUUCAUUUCGUGCUACCCGGCUCCAUCCUGUCCAGUUUAAUCACAGUCCGGUCUUGUUCGGCGGGGUCCAGUUCCGCCUGGUCACGUCCGGUCUCGUGUGGUCCUGCGCGGAACUAUUGAAAGUGACUCAUGGGAGGCACGAGACAGGAGCUACUUUUGCAGCUCAGGAGAAACACUACAGUGCUGCACAAAGUCAGAUUACAACACAAUGUCCCAGGAUCCUCUUGAUAAUGCAACGGUGCUGCUGGCACUGCACACCAUCACCGGCGGCCUUGUGCUGCUGGUGGCCGUCGGCAGUCUGGUCUGCUGCUACUUCUGCACGUGCUGCCCUGUCCACCGCUGGCUCAGGAGGCGGGGACGCGUCGUACGCACCAACAACGGCGCUCCUCUGGGUCCGGUGCGCUCGGCGCAGACGGCCGCACCGCCGCCGCCCGCUGCCGGCUACGAUAGCGGCUGUCGGGUGCAUCCGCCGCCGCCUGCACACGCGCACGACCCGGCCACCGCCCCGGGGGCACUGGUAGCGGCGGCCACAGGCUAUGCGCAAGGCAGUGGGUACCCUUCGGCGCCGGAGCUGGAGCCGAGGCCGGGGCCAGGGCCGGGACCUGGCUGGGCGCCCCACCUCCCGCCGCCGGCCGGCCCCGCGCCCUGGCAGAGCGGCUCCAACAUUCGCAUGGGACCCGCCGCCACCCUACCCCGGCACCGGGCAGUAGCACCUCAGUGGUGUUCCCAGGCAGCAGCAGGCGACGCGAGCUUGACCCGUCGUUGUCGUUGAGCUCAGAAGGGCUUUGGCAGCGUACAUCGGGUCACGGCAGGACGCCAGUGACGCUCCUCGGGCCGAUUUCGGUGUGGCUGUUACGGCGCACAGCUUCAGUGUCCAUCGGAGCCGAGCGCGGUGGGGUGGCUGUACCGGGGCUCCGGGAGUCGCCGUCCGUCGCUGUUAGGACCACGCCAGCGGGAGGACAUCGCCAGCCGGGCUGUUCAGAGCUCAGUGCGCUGACACAUCAUAUCAUCAUCACAGGGAGAGCAUCAUCCAGAACGCGUUCGCAGUGUUGGAUUUCUUGCGAAGCCCCAUAAUUUGUUCGGCUGCUUCGACGCCAAGGAAUGAAACUGAACGGAACAUGCAAAUUGAUUUUUCCGGUUGUCCGUAUCAUUGCAUAAUUGAGACAUAAUUGUCCGUAACAUUGCAUAAAUGUUUCACGUUUCAGCAGCAACACCGGUUUCAGUCACGUCGUGGCGUUUUCUUUGGUCUCAAAGAUCCAUUUAUGUUCGAUUCAUGAUGAUGGUAUUCGAUCGUAAUAUUGCUGAAUGCGGCCUCGAAAAUUUGUCAUGGUCCCAAUAUCACGUAAUCCGAGGCAUGAAACGCGCCCGUAAUAUCUGUGGUUUGUCCCAAGGUUGGGAAGGUGCUUAACCCCAGUUUAAAAUAACUUUGCAUGAUUAUCGAGCCGGUACGGCGUGUACUGUGUAUCACGACUAUUGUGCAUCAGUAGUCAACUGCUGGGAGGAUGGAGCAUCAAGCCGUGUCUGGCCCGGUGUGGGCCGUUCCAUUGGGUAACAACGCGCGACAGGCUAUGUACCACUUGAAAGGCUCGCCGUUGGAAGUGUAUCAGUGUCGUUUUCUAGUAAUCAUGUGGGUGCCGUUUUAACGUGCGACCUAUUUGACGUUCUCAGAGAAGCGAGCAGGGCAUACACACAGCUGACGAGGCUUGUCGGUUGUCUGACCACGCUGUCAUCACCGUGGACUGCGCAGUCCGGCCAAGCCAGUGUCGACCUUCUGUUACGUGUCUGCCUGUGACCAGCAGCGACUUUUAGCUGUCCCGUAAAAACAGGAUAUUCGUUGGCACCAAUUUGCUGCGGCUCUGCAGACAUUGCUGUGACUCACGGACAGUGAGCCAACGUUGCCGCUCUAGUCAUUUGUGUGUUCUGGAGGCACGGUAGGACGCAAUCAGCACCUUUAACCGUCUCCUGGCAUCAGUCAGGCACCAAUCAACAGUGGCGUACUGUGAAUGCGGCGGGCUGGUUCAGCUGCGUUCUUGGGCGUGGUGCAAUGGGGCUUCUCAUUAGGUGGUCGUGUGGCCUCCAUUAAGGAUGUGUAUUGCCGGCAUAUUAUUAUAUUUCGUUUCACGUGUUUGUCCCUACAUGGGUAGGAGACAUGUCAGGAUCUGUGAUCGGGGAUGGCUUUCAGUGCCAUCGGAUCGGCCACAGUUGGCUGGCUGUCUCUGUAUGAAAAAGACGAGAAGGAAAAGGUAUCGUUUUUUGAGUGCAUACUUAGUCUGUUGCUGACCAUGAUGACACUCAUCUGUUAUGUCGACGUGUACCGUUUGAUAGACACGUUUUGCUGGCUUUUUCCAGUAUUGGCUGCUGUU